AUGUUCGAAAACCGAAUAGGACGUUGGGAAGAACAAUCUGCUCAACAUCCACUAAUUGUAUUCUAUAGGACCGAAAUGGAUGAAAUUACAGGUAUCGAUCUCAUAGGAAUUGAUACAGAUAAAUUGGAACUAAAUGAAGAGUUGAAAUACUCACUGGUUUGCAAUGGAAUCAACUUGGACGCUCCUAGAGCACUUUCACACGAAAGAGCUCAAGAAAUUAUUAGAAAUGUAGCAGGACUUGGAAAAGAGGAUCGAAACGAGAAAGUUAGAAACAACUAUGUAUUAACAGUUGACAAUUUGAGCAAGGUGCUUGUUAUUUACAACAAACUCAAAUACAGUUUACCAACCAUUUUGUAUGGUGACAAUGGAGUUGGAAAAUCAGAGCUGACCAAAUAUUUAAGCUCUGUUUUGGGCAUCAAGCUGAAACGUUUCGUUGUUAAUGAAGGCCACAGUACUUCCAAAAAUCUCAAAAUUGUUGCUUCUUGUAAUCCAUACCGUCUGAGAAGAUAUGCAGGAACUGAUGUAGAACAACCUUCUUCUCAAAAGCUUGAUAUCCUUAAAGAAAAUUUAAGAAAUCUUCAAAAGACUACUGGGCUAGAUAUUCAAGCCUUUGCUCAAUGCCUUGUUUACAAGGUUUAUCCUCUUCCAGUCUCUUUACUGGAUUCAGUUUUUAGCUUUGGGUCACUUAAAAGUGACAUUGAGCAGUUGUACAUUCGUGCUAUAUUACUAAUGGAAAUUAAUCAGGAAGACAAUACUAGGUCGGCAAGAUUCUUUGAUUGCUUUACAGAGCUGAUUUUCAUUUCACAAAACUUUAUAAGAAAGGUAUACAUGGAGCGCAGCGCUGUAAACUUGAGGGAUGUGAAAAGAUGCAUUAAUUUGUUUAAGAGCUUUUAUCAAUCUCUUGCAAAGAGAAACUCCUUGGAUUCAGAAUUUUAUUUAGACGAGUCAAAUUUCAUUAUUAAGAACUCCAUACUACUUGCUCUGGGCGAUUUUAUCAACACACUCAAUGAGGAACAGCGUUUUUAUACAAUGCAUUUAAAUAUUCCAAAAGGUGUAGCUCUGAAUCAAGCUUUAAGAGAAAACAUUUUCAUGACACUUGUUUGCGUCUUGAAUAGAAUUCCAAUUUUCAUCAACGGAAAAAGUGGAAGCUCCAAGUCAUUGUCCUUAGAAAUUCUAUCUUCAAACUUGAAUGGAAGUGCGAGUGUGAAUGCGUUUUUAAGAUCUCUCCCAUCUCUUGAAAUAUUCACCUAUCAAUGUUCGCAAAUGUCAACACCUGAAGAUGUUAAGAGCUGCUUUGAAUCAGCAAGAAGAUAUCAGAAAAAUUCUCCCAACUCCAUUGCUGUGGUUCUUUUGAACGAGGUUGGACUCUUAGAACAUUCACCCUCUCAUCCAUUGAAGGUGGUGAACAAGGAACUUGAUGAGGAAAGCUCAACUUAUGCUCCCUCUGUUAUUGGGCUUUCGAAUUGGACGUUAGAUCCAAAUCUCAUUAACAGAGCAGUUUAUUUGUCAAGACCAGCUCCCUCCACUUUCGAGUUGAAAACAACGCUUUCUGGCAUUGUCAACUCUGUACAUUUGGAUAGUAGCUUAUUUUCGUUAGCUAAGGCUUUCCAUGAUGUUUACAACAGCCAACAAAGAAAAGACUUCUUUGGAUUAAGAGACUUUUAUCACUGUGUGAAAUUCAUCAACCGGAAUUUUGAUUUAGGUGCUUUGACACCAGAACUUUUAACUGAUGCUUUAGCUCGUAAUUUUGGUGGCUCCAGUAAUGAAGAAUUUCACACCAUCCUUAAUAUUUUCUUUUCAUGUGUGGGAAUGAAUAUCGUUCCGAAUAGAAAGUCAAAAUUGGAGUACAUCUCAGAAAAUUUGACAGACACAAAAGCACGACACCUCAUGCUCCUUACCAAGAAUAAUGCUGCUCUUUCCGUAUUAUUUUCUGAUUUUGGACAAAUAAUGUCAUACUCCAAUUCUGAGGUCAUAUUCGGCUCAUCAAACUUCCAAAAUUGCGCUAAAGAACUCCAGAUAUGUAUGGAUAUUCAACUAAUUAAGCAGUGUAUGGCCAUUGGAAAAAUUGUUGUACUGGUGAAUUGUGAACAACUCUAUGAGAGCUUGUACGAUUUAUUUAAUUUACAGUAUAUAGAAUAUGAUGAGAAUCGCGUUGUUGCAAUCUCCUUAGGAACUUACAGCAGAAUUUGCUCGGUUCACAAAAACUUCAGAGUCAUUGUAAUUGUAGAUCAGGAUGAUGCAUAUACACGAUUACCAAAACCACUUCUCAAUCGAUUUGAAAAGCAAACACUUCACAGAGAGGAUUUAUUCGACAAGUACUCCUCAGCCAACUUGCGAGCAGUUUUAUCAAAACUUCAGAGUUGGGUAAAAUCAACCUUUGAUGAAGAUGAAAGACCAUUUGUUAACACUCACAAAUCUCUACUCCAUUCUUUGGUAUUGUCAUUGGACUCGAAACAAACAGAAGACACAACGUUGCAUGACUUUCUCCUAAGUCAAUGCAAGAAUUUAUUGCUGUGGAUCACCACAACUGAUGCCAUAAUUAGAAUGUCUUCAAAGAAUUUAAGAAAUAAGGAGUAUGCUAGAAUGUAUUUCGAACAGCAAGAGCAUAGAGAUCUCUUUAAAUUUUCUCAGUACUUGUUUGAAGCAAUGCAGUCACAACAAAAAAGCGGCUUAUCGAAUCCUCUGAUUUUUAAUGGAUACUUCCAAGUCUGUGUACUGACUUAUUCGUCAGUUUCUAUGGACUGCAGCUCUCUGAUCAGCACUGAUCGAGUUGAAUAUGUAGAGACCUUGAGUUUGAGCGACUUAAAAUCAGAUAUUGGAUUAUCAGAAAAACUGAAACAAUACUUUGAAAAGCCAGUUUCAACGCAAACUGCACAGCAUGUAUUAAUCAUUCAGUGUGAGAUUGUGAAUUUUGAUUUGUUAAAUCAAACCAAGUUCAUGAUUCAAAAACAAAGAACAUGUUCUGGGAUACUCAAUACUCAGGGAAAGAAUGUGCUUCUAAUUGUAAAUGUUGUUCCAGGAAAGUCCAACACGACUCAAUAUUUAAUUGAGUUUGACACACCAUGGAAGUAUGCAUUUAUAGAUGAAAUUAGACCUAUGCAGCAUUCCAUCUAUGACAUUUUAAAUAGACCUUUUUCUGAGCAGAUACAACUUGCAAAUGUUCGACAAAUUAUUAGCAAUAACUUCAGAACCGCAUUGGCUCUGUUAAGGAAAACCAACACCAAAAUUAAUGACAUUACUGUACUAAUUUCGAGAACCAAAGAACUUCUAGACAACGAAGACUGUUGGAAAAAUUGGAGAGAAACAACAAUCUGGAUUUGUACUUCUGAAUUUAAGAAGGCAAACAGAACGGAUGGAACAUCACUUUGGCUUCGACUAUUGAGCGAUAUGAAACGUCCAUCCAUUACGAACAUGUUCACCAAGUAUGAUCAGGCCAACUCUUCGGCAGAAUUACUUCGUUGGAAACCCAUAGAAGUGAAAAAUGAUGGAAACAAUAACAGAAUAUUCAAAUGUCGAUUCCCAUUUUCCUUUGAAGUUUGUAGAUAUUUACACAGCUUGAGAAGCAUUUGUGAGAGCUCACGUUUUGGUGUUACUACAGCACUUCAAAAUCAUAUCAACAUGUUGUAUCCAUUCCUUAAUAACUUGCCAAGAGAAUUUUCAGAAUUCUUUAUCUAUGACUACAUGUGUAUGUUUGGAGAACAAUGUACAGUUCUAACGAAUGAAGUUCAAUAUGAAAUUCUCAAGAAAAUGCUCGAGACAGAGCAUAACGAUUCUAGCGAUACAAAUAGUCAUAUUGCCAAUGCGCUUUCAUUCUACUGGAAGCAAGAACGAAGAUUACAGGCUUACUAUGUACUCUUUGAGACGUUCCCCAAGUCCGUUCUUCAAAAGAAAUUCUUACAAAAGCUCCUUGUUCCUUCAUUGAGAGUGACAUCCGUUGAGGAAAUUGAUAUAUUACUAUUCAGCGUGAUUUAUCAUAAUUUAGAUCCAAGAAAGGUUGAAAUUUCAUAUGAUCCUGUUAUCACAAAACAACGAAGAAUGAUUUGGGUAAAAACAUUGACUGACAUCAAGGGUCCUGUAGAGGUAUUAACGAGUUUGAUGCGAAAUUCUGGAUCAUCCAUGUUAAAUAAUAUUGGAUUCAUUCAUGAGAAAUGGAGAAAGCUGCAAUUCUACAAGGAGUAUCUUCAAGAGAUUGCCAUUCCUUUGGGAAUUGUUAAAGAUAUAUCCAUGAUUUUGUGGCAAAAUAUGAAAACCAAACCUCUCUCUUCGAUCAAUAGUUUGGAAUUAAUUCUGUACUUCCUUGACUUGGUUAGCAAGAUUGGAGAUAAUCAAAAAUCGACCACGAUUGACACCAGAAAAGCCAAUAUUUCACGAUUUUUCGAAAUGUUUACCUCCAAGUUCCUUAUAAGACCCAUUGGUAAAGAUGAUGAGAUUGACAAAUCAUUUUACUCCGUGUUAGUCAGUAUUGUGAAAGGAGAUAAUGAAAAGUUUAAACAGGUCAUGAAAAAUCCAACUCAAAAUCUUAAGGUUAGCAUUUUGAAGAAGCUCCUUCUCAACAAACAAACCAAAGUGCUUGUGAAUUCCGAGCUGAGAGAAAUCGUCAAACAAGAAUUGGGAAUAUCGGCCGUAGCAUUGAUCAAUAGCUCAGCAUCUCUCGACCAGAGCACAUUUUACAGUUAUUUGUGCAUCUAUGAAUCGGUUCUUCAGAGUAUUCCUGAGGAGCAAAUUUCCAAAUUAAUUUCCUCUAUUUCAGAGUCGAUUCUUGAUGUCCAUACUUGGAAAGAUAUAAUCAAGGAAGUACAAUUACUGGCUGUUAUUAGAACAUCUUUAUCCUCAUUUGCAGACAGAUUAAUUGCUGCAUCUGAAAAAGGAGAAUCCAUACGAGCCAUCAUUGGAUCAAACACCAUCUACCAACAGUUAUUGACUCUUCUCGAUAAGCCCAGUUUCAAUUUCCUGCGAUUGGUACUCCUUCGAUUGGUUGUCGAAAGGAAGGGCAGAGUCUUUUUACUGAAAACUUUUCGUUCAAAAGUUGCUGAACACAUUCCAUGGAUUUCAUUGGUUCUCUAUGGAUUUAAAUACACCGACAGUAUUCCACAAAAUGUUUUGAUACAUGUGUUGAAUGGACUUGAGGAGAUUGGAGCAUGCGUCGAUAUGAUUAUGAGCUUACGACAGCAGCAAGGGGACAGUACCUCAAAAACAGAGUCAAUUAUCAAGCUCAAAUCUUCGCUCGAAUCAAUCAUUCACACAGGACAGCAAAUUGAUAUUCAUUCCCUUAAAAAGCUCUGCUACUUGGCAGUUAUUGACAAGUGCUACUUGUCGUUCUGUGCUGAAACUUCCAUUAAGGAGAGUAGAAUUGCCAUGUCUGAAGAGGAGUUGAUCAGUAGAAAUACUAUUGACAUUACCAAACUUAAAAUUAUCUACUCAGACAUGUCUUAA